UCGGAAUCCAUGUAUUCACGGUGUGAGCGCACCUUUAUUGUCACACCCUGGUGACGUUUGAUAAUGUUUUGCAGCUGAUAAAACACCUCUCCCAGGUGUUUGUCUUCCACCGAAAUGUGUGUUUAAAGGUGCUUCGAGGUUGGAGGAACAUUAGAUAGAAUUUUUAGGUUAAAGUAUCAGUGCAAUGGCCACAGAGGAACGUCGUGUGGCCCUAAUCACCGGUAUCACUGGUCAAGAUGGUUCGUACCUCGCGGAAUUCCUCUUGGAAAAAGGCUACGAAGUUCAUGGUAUCAUUCGACGAGCGAGUUCGUUCAAUACGGGAAGAAUUCAACAUUUAUAUGCAGACCCCAAAAGUCAUCGUCAUGGACGAAUGAAAUUACAUUGGGGUGACAUGACAGACUCCAGUGGAUUAGUUAAAGUCAUAUCAGCAGUGCAGCCUACGGAAAUUUAUAAUCUUGCAGCUCAAAGUCACGUAAUGGUGAGUUUCGAGCUGAGUGAGUAUACAGGCGAAGUAGACGCUAUUGGAACGGUGCGCCUCCUGGAUGCUAUAAGAACCUGUGGUUUGGAGAAAAAAGUCAAAUUUUAUCAAGCAUCGACUUCGGAAUUAUAUGGAGGAAAGGAUACGACGAUUCCCCAGAAUGAACAAACACCAUUCUAUCCUCGUUCACCAUACGCUUGUGCUAAACUUUAUAGCUACUGGAUCGUCAUAAAUUAUCGUGAAGCGUAUGGAUUGUACGCCUGUAAUGGCAUUUUGUUUAAUCACGAGAGCCCGAGGCGUGGUGAAAAUUUUGUUACGAGAAAGAUCACGAGAGGUGUGGCAAAAAUUCAUGUUGGAGCACUGGAUGUUCUUGAAUUAGGGAAUUUGGACGCUAUGAGAGAUUGGGGCCAUGCCCGGGACUACGUUAAGGCCAUGUGGAUGAUGCUUCAGCAGGAGACGCCAGAGGAUUAUGUUAUUGCCACUGGAGAGAGCCACAGUGUCCGGGAAUUUGUGGAAAUUGCUUUUCGUUACGUGGGCUUUAAUAUUAUAUGGACGGGUGAGGGUGUCAACGAGAUUGGGAGUGAUAGAGACACCGGGAGAUUGUUAGUUCGAGUAAACCCGAAAUAUUUCCGUCCAACGGAAGUUUUCAUGCUGCUGGGUGACGCAACAAAAGCAAAAACAAAAUUUGGGUGGGAGCCUUCCGUCAGUUUUGAGGAAUUAGUGAAAGACAUGUUAGUAUCCGACAUAGAACUGAUGAAGAAAGACUCAACGGCCUAAUGAGCUGUCUGUAUUUUUUCAAAAUUUUCAAAAAGCCAUUCCGACACCAUUGAUUUACAUUUAAGUCAUAAAACGUUGCAUUUUGUAACUUUAUAUAUUGUCAUAACUAAGAUAUUUUAGUUUACACAAAGAGUGGGAUUUUAAAGCACAAGUUGUCCUGUGAAGAAUGCGAAACGAAAAUAAAAAUAAUGAACAGAGAUA